CAAAGGGGCCGGUCAGCCAGAGGAGCUGUGGACAGCCCAGUGAGAGAAGUCACUGCUCUCCCAGGGUGAAGCCGUCGUGCAGCUGCAGCCAGGAGCGGAGAGACUUGGAAUCGGCCAGCCAUGUCCGACUUGGAAUUUGGACGGAUGUCUUUCAAAGAGCCUGAGCUGGAGGCCAAGCAUGGCCCGGCCCAGCCCCACUGGUACGAGCGCUACCUGCAGCCUUGCAUCGGGGAGCUGGUGGGCUCGGCCUUCUUCAUCUACAUCGGCUGCGUUUCAGUCAUCGAGAACUCAGAAGGCACUGGGAGGCUGCAGCCGGCAUUGGCUCACGGGUUGGCCCUGGGACUGACCAUUGCCAUCUUGGGGAAUAUCAGUGGAGGCCACUACAACCCGGCUGUUUCCCUGGGGGCCUGGCUCGUUGGUGGGCUGAACAUGGUGAUGGUCAUUCCAUACUGGAUCUCCCAGUUGUGCGGGGGAAUGAUUGGAGCAGGCCUGGCUAAGGUGACCACAAUGUGGGAGAGGUAUGAAAAUGCCACAGGAGGAGCUUUCACGGCACUCACCUCAGAUCACCAGCUCCCGGCUGCUGUGGUGGGGGAGAUUGUGAUGACCAUGUUCCUGGUGAUGGCUGUCUGCAUGGGGGCCAUUAAUGAGAAAACCAAGAGUCCACUGGCACCCUUCUGCAUUGGCUUCACUGUCACCGUGGACAUCCUGGCUGGGGGAGCUGUUUCUGGAGCCUGCAUGAAUCCAGCCAGAGCUUUUGGCCCCGCGGUGGCUGCCAACCACUGGGACUAUCACUGGGUGUACUGGGUGGGCCCCAUGGGAGCUGCGCUUCUGGUGGGUGCAUUGAUAAGGUUCUUGAUCGGGGACAGCAAGACGCGCUUCUUCCUCAAGUGAGGCGCCCUGCCAGGACCACCGCUCCGCCUUCCCGCGUGACCCCAGGCAGCUGCAGCCACCCUGGCCCGGGAAGAGACUGGCAGAAGCGGGGCUCCGCCAAGCGCUCAUUUUUGCCCCUUCAAAACCGGGCGACGAGAUUUUUCUUUUUCACGAUUGCAGAUGCAGGGAAUUCUGCCCCCCCCCCCUUUUGAAACGAUGCCUCGAAUAAGACAGACGAGGGCGAAAAACGGCCGUCCCGGCAGAUCCACGGCCCACAGCGAGGAAGCCGGAGGAGCUUCGGGCGAAGCGGCCCUGGGCAGCUCCGGCUCGAGCAGCGGCCAGCAAACCAGGUCCGGCGCUUGCAGGGCGCUCCCCGGCACUUCGCCAGGCCCCUGCGCAGCCCAGUCGAGGAAGCCGCCCCUCGGCUCGGCAUCUCCGGGGGCGGCGCCUCCGCGCAGCCCCGCAGCCAUCGGGGUGCACACGGGCGCAGCGCUUCUUCCGACCGGAUCCCGUCUGCGGAAGGGCUGCUUAGAUGGACCGGGCUCUCGGAGCACCUGGGCCGGGCUCGGAGAUGCCAGCCGCUCCCGUCGGCUCUCCCCAGCCCCAGAGAGUGGCCAUUCCCCACCUCCACCCCACCCCCGUGGGCCUGAAGCUCCUCCGCGCAUCGCCCCUCCGCCCUCGAGCGGGCCGCUCCCCCCAGGCGCUUCCCAGCCCUCGAGAGGCGCCCCGCCGGGUUUAGCCCAAGAUGCCCCCCCCCCCCAAACUACCGCUCUGGUCUCGGACCUCCCCUCCCAGCCGCUUCCGAGGCCCGCAACCCCUUCCCCCGUCCAAAAAUCCGGGACGGGGCGCAAUUCUCUCAACCCCCCCCCCCGGCUUUCCCGGUUUUCUCGCUCCCGCCCCGAGAGCGAUCUUUCCUCGUCCUUUAAGCCGGGCUACGCGGCGGGGGGUUCCGGCCCGCGGUGGGCUUCCACCGGCAAUCGCCCUGCCCGAAGGAGCUGUUGCUGCGCUUUGCCUUGCGGGAUCGGCAAAAGCCUGGAUCCCGAGAUGCACGCAGCCCUUGGGGCUCUUUCGGUUUACGAUCCGGCUCCAAGCAAAGGCCGCGGCGCUCUGUGGCCGGUUUAGCGGAUUGCCUUGCUGGGUCUUUUCUUGCCGCUCCGCCAAGGACUGAGCCGGUGAUUGUACAAACCUGAACGUGGAACUGGAGGCAGACAAUGGGGACACGUCCUGCCCUGCACACCAGCAAGGAGGGAUUGUAGAAAUUGGGGUGAAAUGUUGAGCCUCAAAUUAGCUCCUGCCUGCGAUGGAUGGCUGUCUUACUAUCCGCCUAUUACGGAAGCACCGGUUGCCCAACCAUUGUCUAUUGAAUUAGCCACGGAUUGUUGGGUUGAACCAUUAUGUUGUUUGUUUGGUUUGGGAUUCAGAUUGGUUUGGGGUCCCCCCCCCCCAUUGUUCAACCCAUCCUCCCCCAAGCAGAUCUACAGUUGUGCCAGUCUGGAAAUGCUAGCACGGCUUGCUAAACCCUGAGCCUGAGUUCACAAACCACUAGAAUAAAGUGAAAACCCAGAAAAGGA